GGUCUAGAUCUCGCGACGUAGGUCGUUGUGUUUCGCGAUAGUGACCCGCGAGAGAGCUCGAGUGGCCGCGUAUAUCGAAGAGCGACCAAGAGGCAAGAGCCAGACCGAAAGAGAGGGGGGACAGACGAAGAAAACUGAGGUGGAGGAACCGAGAGCGCGAGAGAAAGAGAGGGAGAGAGAGAUCGGAAAAUGACCCCCACUCAACACGACGAGGAGAUAGAGGGGCGCUCGUAUAAAGACUAUGUCUACAGCCCUGUACCAGUAAGUUCCUCUUCAGCGGUGUUUGAUGCCAACACCCCCGGCAAAGAAUCCGUGCAGCUGAACGCGGUACAUGGUAAAGAGUUGCGCAGGACCUCGUCUCACGUCGUUGACACGCGCUACCCUGAAGACAUGACGGAAAAGGGUUCCACGUUUGUUCAGUUCCUGGCCGCUGCGGCAGGUAACAUAUGUAUCGUUGGGACUGGAGCCAUGUUAGCAUGGACGAGCCCGAUUCUACCUUUAUUAGAAAAAGACGGUGGACCCUUGGGUGCGCCGAUCAGUGAAGAUGAGAGCUCUUGGAUAGGAUCUUUGGUGCCUUUUGGAGCGAUCUUUGGCAGCUUCAUCGCGGGAUAUCUUGGCGAGAAGUGGGGUCGCAAACGAACCUUGCUACUCUCGACAUUACCGUUUUUGAUCGGAUGGAUACUAAUCGGUACUGCAACUCAUUUCGCGCAACUCUGCGUGGCUCGAUUAAUAUUUGGAAUAACUCUAGCUAUCCCAUUCACGGUCCUUCCUAUGUACGUCGGUGAGAUCGCCGAGACUUCCAUCAGAGGCGCGCUGGGCUCCUUUCUUCAGCUCUUCAUCACCAUUGGCAUGUUCUAUUCUUACGCUAUCGGGCCCUACGUCAGUUACACGGUAUUUUGGAUCCUUUGUGCCAUUUUACCCAUACUCUUCUUCGUCUGCUUCAUAAUGAUGCCGGAGUCUCCAUAUUACCUCCUCAGCAAAGGUCGCAAGGACGAAGCGAUCGUAUCUUUGGCAAAGCUCCGAAGCAAGUCCGAAGCGGCUGUCCAGAAAGAGGCUGACGAAAUUCAGGUUAUAAUCGAGGAAGCAUUCAAAGAUCAAAUUAGCAUCUCCGACCUGUUCAAGGUGAAGGCUAACCGCAAAGCCUUGAUCUACACUUGCGCCUUGGUCUCUUUUCAACAGUUGACCGGGAUCAAUUUUGUGCUGUUCUAUAUGGAGAAAAUAUUCAUCGCUGCCGCAAGCUCCGACGAACCAACGAAAGAAGCGCCGAUUAUUAUCGGCGCGGUGCAGAUGUUGGCGUCGGCGGUGACGCCUGUUGUUGUCGACAGGUUGGGCAGAAGGAUGCUUCUCGUCCUGUCCGGCAUCGGAACAGCAAUCAGCCUGUGUGUUCUGGGUCUGUACUUCUACCUGAAGCAGGUGCAGCACGCGGACGAUGUAGUGGCGCAGAUAUCCUGGUUACCGGUGGUCGCGCUUGUCAUCUUCAUCUCCACUUACAGUGUGGGCUGGGGUCCACUUCCAUGGGCCGUGAUGGGAGAGUUGUUCGCUUCUAACGUCAAGGCUAAGGCUUCCAGCAUGACUGUGUCUGUUUGCUGGUUCUUGGGCUUUAUCAUCACCAAAUUCCCCAGCAACAUCAACCGGGCGUUCGGCGCCUACACGACCUUCUGGAUAUUUAGCGCGUGUUGUAUCAUGAGCAUCCUCUUUACGGUGUUUAUCUUGCCGGAGACAAAAGGCAAAAGUCUUCGCGAGAUCCAGGACGAGCUCAACGGCGUGGUUCCAACCAUCCAAGACUCCGAGAGAGGUUCAAAGAAGUGAGAAAAUGACAUUUUCGUAAUCUGUCAUCAUAAUGAACUCUGUACGCAAAUAGUUCCUGACGAAUUUGCGAAGCGGACCGAGCGGAGACCUGAAAUAGUCGGCGAUAGGCCUCAUGUGAAUUUUCGUGUCUAACAUCCUACUGCCAAAUUUACUGUGAGAAGCGGAAUGAUCAACUUUCAGCCUGUGCGAUAUCACUGCAUUAUGAACGAAUCGCUACAUGGAAGAAACGUUUCUUCGCAUCACUGAUUUUCCAUCAUUUAGGGAACCAAUUGUGUACAAGAACAAGUUGGUGAAGACAGAAGGAUUCCCGGAGAAGAUUUCUAUGCAGUCAAUUUUCUUCUCAAUUGUCUCAAUCGAAUUUCGAUACGACCAAACCAUAGGCGGCGCUAGAACUAUUCAUGCGAAUGGGCCACAGGUGGGCCAGCGUUUAUGUGGGUGGACCAUAUUUAUUAUAUAUUAUGUAUCAUUUUAUCAUUCAUUUUAAUAUUUCUAACCGUUGCGCUUUGUCUCUGGGAGGAAUUAACUAUGAAGAUAGAAUUUAGGGUGGGCUAAAGGGUGAGCCAGCGUAUUUUUAGGUGGGCCGGAGCCCACCCAGGCUCACCCUUGGCGCCGCCGCUAGACCAAACUUUUGGACGAUUAUUCCCGCUCGCAAUAACAAAGACGUUGUUUUUCAUCAACGACUUCUCGUCUAGUUCUUGCUCUGUUACAUGAGUCGAGAGAAUAUUUCUUCCGUGUAAGAUAAACGAGCGAGGCUCCUCGCGAUAUGCACCAUCGUGAGAGCGUACAUUUCCGUCAUUAUCAGCUAAAUGAUUCACGAAAAUCACGCCAUAACAUAUUUAUAAGUACACUCAUGUUAUCGUAUGCAGUCGGGCAUGAGUUUCAUUGUGCCCAUAGGAGCAUCUGUCUCUCGCCUCAAUUUUGCAUUGAGCGCGCAGGACUUGCGAGAAACUAAUGACGGUGUUCCCGUACGAUUUUUUGUUUCGCCCGUGAUGGCAAUAUAUCGCGAUCACUAUCAUAAUUACCCCUUUUGUCAAUAUAUAGGUACCCGAGUAUCCAUUGCAAUAUAUAUCAAAAAAGUUUCAUAUUACUGUGCGAAUUUCAUUAUAUAACUACGUUCCAGACUCCCACUCCUUGGUGUAACGAAGUACAGUUUUCAAUAGAGCUUAUCUUGAGAUACCGAGUUUUAUUUUUUUAGUAAAGUCGCAGUGAAAUUGAAUAUUACGAUAUUUAACGUAUGAGUACUUUGGUAUCCACUAGUGAUUUUUUGCUACGAAUACUGUACAUCAUGUUUGACUUUUUUUUCUAAUGAAUAAUUAAUAAUAAUUUCUAUAAGAUAAACAAAUAUUUGUUUACUAUGAAAAAAAACAUUAUUCAAAGGACCCCGCACAAUUCCUUAUGUAAAUUGAAUUUCAGUGGAAUUGGCUGAAUAUUUGAUAUGUUGUAGAUCUUGUCUCUCUGAUAAAAAGUUCCCAUAGGCACAAACCCCAAUAAUUAUUAGCUGCUGGAUCUUACAUGUGAUUAAAAAAUGAAUUUUUAAUGAACUAUAAAUAUUCUGAAUUGUUACGCUUUAAAAUAUAGUUUAAUUAAAAAAGUUGUGCUUUAUGUUCUCAACAGAAAGCGAAAUAUAAUCGAAUGGUACACUUAAUUGUCAAUGUAUUAUACAUUGAAACACGUGCUUCAUAUAGAAAACGAAAGUAUCACUGAAAUCUCUGAAAUCAAGUCAUCAUUUUCAAGUCAAUAUUACCUUUAUAGCUUUUUAUUUUUAUUUUAUACACAGAAAAAAAGUUUUUAGAUGUAAAUCAAAGUAGGAAUACAUCUUACUCAUUGAAAAUAAGAAAUUGUGAUAUUAGACACUUUUGACAUUUGACGCCUUGUAGAAGUCAAAUGGUCAAUUAUUAAGGAUUGUGCCUAUGGGAACUUUUCAUCAGAGAGAUAAGAUCUACAACAUAUCAAAUAUUCAGCCAAUUCCACCGAAAUCCAAUUUAUAUAAGGAAUUGUGCGGGGUCCUUUAUAUAUUUUCGACAAUAUUGUCGCAUGUCAUUCACUGCAUGUUUAAGGAACAAUAUUUAAAACCUUAUAGCUAUAAAGUCGCAGCGUAACGUACCGAAAGCACGCAAAAUACUGGGGUACCCGGGUACUCAUAUAAUGAUGAAAGGAUUAAAAAUUAUAUACUGACAGAAGGAUUAGUGAUAAUCGUAAUUAAUAAGUCUAUAUCAUCGCUUUCAUUCUUAUGAUGUCAUGCUCUCUGGCUGUAAACGAAGAGACCCGAGUUGCUCUCGCGACAAAUUCCUCGUUUGCGCCCGGCAGACUACUAGAGACUAGUCACUUUUCUUUCCUAUUUCUAACGUUUUUCGUCUUAUGGACAGCGUGAUUAUCAAUGAUCGUGCGAGUAACUGUAUUAUGUAACGGGAUAUUUACGAUCAGCCAGUGACACAUCACAUACAUAUCAUCGAGGUUCUUAUCAUUGUACUGCUAAUAAAUUGUUGAAUAUAUGUAGUGUGUAGAUUUUUAGAGAUCUUCGUCGCUGCCGUUGAUCGCCGACAACAACCAAGUCGCUGUCGAUAUAUUGAAUCGCAUACUCGUAUAAGAAGA